CCUCUCCUCUUCACUUCCUGUGUUGCGCUGCUGCCGCUGCUGUUUCUCACUUGUAAACAUGGCGACCGCUGGAGCCGCUGGAGACGACCUGCGGAAAGAGCUCACAUGUGCAAUUUGUUUGGACUUUUUCAAGGACCCCGUCAUACUGAAAUGCGGCCACAAUUUCUGUCGCUUUUGCAUCUGCAUGCACUGGGACGAAAAUGGCGGAGACUACGGCUAUCAGUGUCCCCAGUGCCGAACGGUGUUCAACAAGAGGACGUUCACGAAAAACUACCUGGUGCAGAACCUAGUGGCCAAACUGGACGACCUGGAGUGUCUGGGGUCUUGUCCGCCACCCUCCAAGCCCGUGAAGAUAGAUGGAAAGUGUGAGCAGCACGGCGAAGAGCUGAAACUGUACUGUCAAACCGAUAAGAGACCCAUCUGUGUGGUCUGCAGGGAAUCCAGAGCACACAGACACCAUGAGGUGGCACCAGUGCCUGAAGUUGUGAAUGAAAUGAAGAUGGAGCUGAAGCUGAGGCAAAUGGAGCUCAACUGGCAUAAGUCUAAAUGUGUAAAAGUUCUGACGGCUGAUGAGCGAACCAAAAGUGAAGUUAGGUUGAAGAAGCAGAGACUUAAGGAGAAAAUUGAAGCAGAUGUUGGCGCGUUGGUCCAGUUCUUGCUAGAUGAGAGAGACUCCUUGCUCGAUGCCUUGGAUGCAGAGGAAGUGGCCACCAUGGCAGUCAUAGAUGACAACUUGAAAAUUGUGGAGACAGAAGUAGCAACUGUGGACAAAGCUAUUGCUGAUAUCCACAGCCACGUCAAUGGGAAAACAAGCUUUGAGAGCCUUUCUCAGACAUUCAAUGAAGUGAUCCACUGCAAGCCGUUCACAUCUCUGGAGCCAGUUAAUUGUCAGACUGAAUUUACAGACUUCUCAGGGCCCUUUCAGCUCAUCAUGUGGAAGAAGAUGAUGCACGUGCUGCACACCAUGCCUCAGAACCUCACUUUGGACCCAGACACUGCUCACCUGAACCUGCUUAUCUCAGACUUUGACACCAAAGUGGAGGAGGGCCUCGUUCGUAACCAGGAGCCGGACCUGCCGGCCCGCUUCAACCGUUUCUGCGGCGUCCUCGCCACGGCCCAGUACGCCGGCGGCCAGCACUACUGGGAGGUGGACGUGAGGGACAAAGGUGUGUGGUACCUGGGGGUCACCACGGAGUGCAGCAACAGGAAGGGCUUCGUCAACCUCACCCCCUCCUCCGGUUACUGGAGCCUGUGCCUGCAGGACCGGCUGUACGCCAACGGGGAGGACGGCCGCAUCCCGGUCGCCGACUACUGGAACUCUCCGCGCGUGGGCGUGUACCUGGACUACGACAACGGGCGCCUCAGCUUCUACGACGCCGUGACGAUGAAGAGACUGUACAUGUUUGACACCUGCUUCGAGGAGCCCGUCUACCCUUUUUUCAGCCCGGGGAAGAACGAUCCUGGCAGCAGGCUGCAAAUAUGCCACUAUUACUGAAGCUGAGGUUCGAGGAGCGGUUACAUUUAGUUUUCGAGGAGUAAACUCAUGCCAGUGUGUUUCAGAUUUUUGCCAUUGGCGAGGCUUUCUCUCAUAGACCAGGUUGGAGUGACUCUUAGAGCGUGUUACUGUAUGCUUCCCAGCUGUUACUUGUCGGUCUUACUGCUGUUAGAUGAUAAGGUUUACAUUCAAGUGUCGUCACACUGAAAGGAAAUUUGCUAUUUUUCCAAGUUAGACACACACUGUAGGCUCACACCCCCGGCUAUUGUGGCCGGGGGUUUGCAGAGGUGCUCUGCUCUCUGUAUCACUGUGUCUGCUGGGUCGCAGAUGCCUCAGAUGCUCUGUGAUGGGAGCGCGUACAUCUCUUAUUGUACUAGCAACCAUGAUGCCAUACGACUGUACGCUACAUUAACUCAUGUUGGUUUAAGCCAGACAAACUCUACUGUUGCCUUGUUGGGCAGAUCUUGGAUUUGACGUAAUUAUCACAUUGAUACUUGUUAAUAUUCCCUCUUUACUUUGAUUCUGAAGAACGGUCAGAUUCAGCUCUGACGAUGACUAAACGUUCUAGCAUUAAAAUCUUAAGGGUGGCUAUUUUACUGACCUUUUUAAAAUGAGUCAAAGCCCCAUUUUUAGAUUAUUGCACAUUGCCACAUAUGGACUAAAGUUCUCUCUUUUUUAUUAUCAUUAUUAUUAUUAUUAUUCCAGGUCAUUUUGAGACUUAAUUUUAUUUAGACCAAAGGAUUUAAGUCUUGUCAUUUUUGUUUUUGAUUGAUAAUAAAACCGUUUUAUCAGUCAAUGUGUGAAUAAGCUGAUAUAAGACAAACAGUCUUAACUGUGUAAUUUAAUAAGCUUUGCAGCCAUGUCGGGCUUCAUAGAUGGGUUUUACAUUCCAUCAACAAAUACUCAGAGCGACGUCAUGGUGGACCUGACUGAAAAGCAGUCGAGCACCGAGUGAAAGCUUUAUUUUCCUUUUUUUUUUGUUGUUGUUGUUUUUGUUUUUCAUGAAUACCCGGCAGCAUUUCUUCAGUUGUAUUAUUUUAACUGGUCCUGCUUUACAGUAUCAAUCCAGUUAAGUUGUUGCAAACAUUUUGAGUCUGAUAUACAUAUUUCUGGUUUUGUAACGUUUUUGAUCAGUUAAUGCUGUUUUGAAUGUAAAAAUACACGUAUCUGGAUGUUUAUAUAUAUAUAUUUUUUUCUUUCAUACACUACAUUUUAUGAUUAUUAUUUUUAAAGAUUAUUAUGAUUUUAAUGCUUUUAUUUUAACAUCUUAAAGGCCUCAAAUAACUUCAAGUGAGAUGACUUUUUUUUUGUUUUGUUUUAAAUGACAAUAGUGAGGAGCAGAAAGUUCUGACUCUUCCCGUCGAUUUUCUUUCCGAAUCAAAACUAUUCCGUUCUUCAUAUUUGAGUACUUGGUGUUAAACGUUUUGUCUGAAACUGUGCCUCAUUCAAUACAUAAUUUUCAUUAUUGAAUUUCAUCCAUUUGUCCAGCUUAGCAGGUUUGAGGUUUGUACUUGUGGCUUGGGGAGGAGAAAUAAUUUGAAGUUUCCCGUUUCUGGGACAGUCACCUGCUAUAAAUGUGCUCAGUUUUUCUCAGACAAUGACAUUAAAAGAGGAAAAACUUUAUUCCUGAUUAUUUUUUUUUAUUAUUAUUAUUUUUUAAUACUAUUCACUAAAGUCAGUGUGUACUGUAUGUCUACUGUUGUGGGUGGGUGUACUAAAUAACACAUACUGUAUAAUUCCA